CCCCAAUACCCCAACAUCGCCGAUAACCCGAUAGCCUUCAUCGAUGACGAAGGAGGAAAGUCAGAGCUGUCCCGAACCCUGUAUCAACAGGCGUGCUCCCUCGCCACUCAAGGUUUGUUCAUUCCAAGGCCCAUCGCAACCGCAACCGCAACCGCAACCUUGGACUACCCGUACUAGACAGACGGUGCUGCCGCCGACCGACCGGGUGCGUCGGCACUUCCAACUGCCAGUGGUGUCGGGGAGUAACCAGGAUCAGGAUCAGUAUUGUCGCGAAGAAUACUGCCGCACUGCACUGCAUUGCACUGCACUGCACUGGGCACGUGGAAUCCGCGCGCUGAUUACUUUGUAUAAUAAUCUAUGUAUAUGUAGACCUACUACCAGCGAUACUCCGACGACUCUGCAACUCUGCACGGACGAUCUCAAAUUAAUCAUCUGCAAGGACCCUAUCCAGUACAAUCCGAGAGACAUCAUCCGGACACCGGCCAGCCACUCCACCAACCAAUGCGAUUUCUUCCCUCCCAGGUACCCGUGCGUGCGGAGCGAUCCCAUGUGCGUGGUCUGGGAAGACAUGCAGGAAAUUUGUACACAGAAUGUCAAGAUGAAUCAGAUCGAACCAAAACAAACAAAUAAGUGAAUCAAUAAGUAAGGGUAGAAAAAGAAGGGGGGGGGGGGGGUGUG